GUUCGGUUAUCCCACUGUAAUGAUCCUAGGCGAGGUUGGCAUCUUUGUAGGUCCGAAUCACAUCAUCCAGUGCCUCCGCUUUGCUUUGCAUUGGCAACAGUUUAAAAGAACGAUUGACCUGGAUAUGUUGAAGACAUAACCGACGACCCUCAGAACUGGCAUCCCGGCGACCCAAUGGCUCGGAACUCUUCUUCCGCCGAAAGCGUGGUCCUGGAACUGCCCAAGGACGAGAAGGCUCACGAUACCAUCACGCCGUCCAUGGAGGCGCAACAGACGACAUCUUUCGCUGCCGAACCAAUCCCAAAGGAUGGCUUCCAUGUCCAUACCCGCGAGUCGGGUAGCAGCUCCGGAUGCCACAGUGGUUACAGCGACAACCAUGUCUUUUCUGAUCCGACUGUCGCGGAGUACUACAUGUCCGUCUAUGAGAAGGCCGACUACGAGUGUCGCCAUGAGUUCGAUCCUAAAUUUGAGUGGACACCAGAGGAGGAAAAGGCACUCAUACGGAAGCUGGACUGGCGUGUGUGCGCGUGGGCAUGUGUUAUGUUUUUCGGUCUCCAAGUAGACCGUGGGAACCUUAAACAAGCUGUUUCAGACAAUAUGCUGGAUGACCUUAAUCUGUCGACAAAUGAUUACAACUUCGGCAACACCAUUUUCCUCAUCUCUUUCCUCCUUGCCGAGCUUCCUUCACAGCUAGUCUCCAAAAAAUUGGGCCCUGACCGCUGGAUCCCGCUCCAGAUAACCCUCUGGUCAAUCGUCGCCAUCUGCCAAUGCGCGCUGACGGGCAAGCGCAGCUUCUACGCCACGCGAUCCAUGCUCGGCCUCCUCGAAGGCGGAUUCAUCCCGGACAUUGUUCUCUGGCUAUCGUACUUCUACACGAGCCGGGAGUUGCCAACGCGACUAAGUUUCUUUUGGACGGCGCUCUCAACGACGAUGAUCGUAACAUCGCUGCUCGCGUUUGCACUGCUGCACAUGCGCGGAGUAUCAGACUGGGCGGGCUGGCGCUGGCUGUUCCUCAUUGAAGGACUGAUCACGCUGGUAGUCGGCCUUUCAUCCUUCUUCAUGAUGCCCGCCUCGGCCGUACAGACCAAGACGUGGUUCCGGCCCAAGGGCUGGUUCAAUGACCGCGAGCUCAAGAUCGCCGUCAACCGCGUGCUGCGCGACGACCCGUCCAAGGGCGACAUGCAUAACCGGCAGGCCAUCACGCCCAAGCGCCUCUGGAAUGCCGCCAAGGACUACGACCUCUGGCCUAUUUACGCUAUUGGUUUGCUGGCGUAUACGCCGCAGGGCGCCGUCGAACAGUAUAUCACGCUGACGCUCAAGAGCGUCGGCUUCAGCACCUUCAACACGAACCUGCUCGCGAUCCCAUACAACGUGUUCCACAUCAUUCUGCUCCUAACCGUAACACGCAUCAGCGAGUGGCUAAACUCGCGCGCGCUCGUCGCCGUGUGGACGAGUGUGUGGACGCUGCCGUGCGUCAUCGCGCUACGCUACUGGCCAGGCACCAUGGUCAACGGGAUGGGCACGUACGCGCUCGUCACCGUCCUGCUCAGCGCGCCCUACUGCCACGCCAUCGUCGUGGCCUGGACGUCCAAAAACUCCAACAACGUCGGCACCCGCACCGUCUCCGCCGCCAUGUACAACAUGACGGUGCAGCUGGGCAACAUCAUCUCCGCGAACGUGUACCGCGAGAACGACAAGCCCCUCUACCAUAAGGGCAAUAGGUCGUUGCUUGUUAUUAACGUCAUUGCGAUUGCGACGUUUUUGUUUGCAAAGGGCUAUUAUGUUUGGCGGAAUAAGUCGAGGGACAAAAAGUGGCAGGCUAUGUCGGCUGAGCAACGCGCGCAUUAUAUCAAGACGACGACGGAUCGUGGGAGCAAGCGCCUAGACUUCAGGUUUGCGCACUAGGUGUCCUGCUAGGGAGAGAUUUCUUUUUCGUACGUAGGGUGGGGUUUCUUCUUGGGGCUUGGGCUUGGGACUGUGGAUAAAACAAAAGGCGGUUAAGUACUGUAGGAAUGGUUUUUUGAUUUUGAGCGUUUGGCUGCUGGCUGGCUGAGCUUAGGAAGAGGUUUGUGGGGUGAAGCCUGGUGAUGGGCUUGACUGUGCUAGGGUUUGUGGGAGGUGGUUGGCGAUUGGUGGGAGAUAUAAAUAUCGUUUUGUGUCUUUUGUUUGAUGAUUGGUUCGGGAGUGUAAAGUUGUGUUUAAGGUUUAUCGAC